GGGACAGUAGUCAGUCAGUCAGUCAGUAGUUGAACAGUAUCAGUAGCACAGUGCCUGUAUUAGAGCAAGGUGAAGGCCACCUUUACACGGGCAGGUGUUUUUUACUGAUCGAUUGUGUGAACCGGGCUCAAUAGUUUCAAAAUUAAUGCAAUUAUUGUGAAAUUACGGUUCAAAUUGUGGAAUACAACAGUGGUAAAUCAGAAUUCAAUAUUAUUGCUAUUAUUGUGAAAAUUACUGUUAAAAUUGAAUAUCAUUUGAGUGAUUAAAUAUAUUUGAAACAAAGUUAAAAUAUUAAUUCAAAUUAUAGUGAAAUUACGGUUCAAAUUGUGGGAUAGAACAGUCGUGAAUCACAAGUUCAAUAUUAAUGCAAUUAUUGUGAGAAAUACUAUUGAAAUUCAAUAUCAUUGUGAGUGAUUAAAUAUAUUUGAAACGAAAUUGGAAUAUUUUGAAUAUUAAUUCAAAUUAUUGUGGAAUUACGGUUCAAAUUGUGGGAUAGAACAGUCGUGAAUCACAAGUUCAAUAUUAAUGCAUUUAUUGUGAGAAAUACUAUUGAAAUUCAAUAUCAUUGUGAGUGAUUAAAUGUAUUUGAAACUAACCUCAAAUAUUUUAAACAUUAUUAUAAAUUAAUAUGAAAUUUCAAAUAUCAAAUAUGAAAGUAUAAGUGCAUAUUAAUAUUUAAUAUGAAAGUACAAAUAUUUUAAACAUUAUUACGAAUUAAUAUGAAAUUACGGCUCAAACAGACAGAUCCGGCGUGAAUCAGAAUUUCAAAAUUAUUGCGUCAAUGUGAAAAUUAUGUUGGAAUUAAAUAUUGUGAGAUUAUGAGUGAUUUCAUAUCUGAGACUGGAUCUACAUAUUUUCAAUAUUAAUGAAUUAUUCUGAAAUCAUAGUUCGUAUAUUGUGGAAAAGAUAUAUUAUGGAUAUUUCUGUUAAAAUACAACAUUGUUAAGAAUGAUUCUAAACAGAGUGGGUAGAAAUAUUUUCCAUGUUAAUAGACUUAUUGUGGAAUUGCAGUUUAAUUUGUUAUAGAGAUAAUCCAGAUUUAUCAAGGAUUAACUUCUACAGAUAGAAAUUACUGAGAUUUUGCAAUUAUCCAAAUGCUAAUGAAUUAUUAAUUAUUUUUCAACAUUAUUGUGGAGAGUUAGUUCAAAUUCAAAUUUUAUAACAGUAUAAUUGAUGAAAAUCGGGACACUUCAUUGUGGAAAAGAUUCAUUGUUCUAAUUGUUGCCAAACAAAUCUUCAAUAUAAUUUAUAUUAUUGUGAAAAAUAACAGAUUGAAUUAAACAUUGUAUUCAUGAGAAAAUCUACUAUUUUCUGGGGAAUUAUGACUAUUACUCUUCAAAUCCAAUGCAAUUGCUCAUUAUGAGGAAAGUGAUAAUCGAACUCACUUUAUAAGACAUUUCAAGAAGGUGAAUUCUCAUUGAAAUAAUACAAUGGAAGGUUCAUUUCAAAUGCAAUGUUAUGGAGCAAAUUGUAUUAAGUGGUAGUAUAUUCAAAGAACAACAUUUUCAAAGUGAUGAAAACCCAUUGGAAUUGCUCUAAAUAAUGUGAAUAACAAGAGGAUAAUCUGGAGCUACAAUACUUGGUUUAAACAUGAAUUAAACUCGACGAGUACAGUCACCACCAAAACCUAACAACAUCUGAAGCCUUGCACCAACAUGACACCGUCUCCCUCCCACCCACUUCCCCCACCCAACCGCCAUGUUGUUUGACCUUGAACCAAACUCGACAAGUACAGUGACCACCGCCUGUGACACAGUGACGGUACAGUCAGCCCUGCUGCUGUGGGUCACCCUGCACGGUGUCCUAUUGGUGCUGAUAGCAUGUGGCAACGUGGUCACCCUCUACGUGCUCUGCUCCAGUCUGCAGCUGAGCCAGCAGCCGGUCAGCAACCGGUUUGUCAUCAGUCUAGCCCUGUCCGACAGCCUAAUAGGUGUCGCGCUGCUUGGUCACAUGGCCUUCGAUCUGGCGCCCGAGUUGGCGGGGAGUCGGGUAGCUUGCUUGCUCAGACUUGUACUAACUCUGUUAGCCUGCAGUGCAUCAGUGAUCAACGUGAUUGCAAUAGCAGUCGACCGCUACUAUGCAAUACUGCAUCCAUUCAAAUACGAGACAGCCAUGACUAAUCGAAGAGCUCAUCUCCUCCUAGCCGCCGGGUGGUUGCUAGCGCUACUCAUCUCCUCCACCCCUCUCUACUGGUCUACCAUCCCUCUCCCCCCACCCCACCUCAUCCUGGCACCGGCCUUCACGCUCAGCUGGGCGGCCAUGUUUGGCAUCUACUGGCGAAUUUGGCGGGAGGCCCUACACCAGGCGUACAAACUAAGGCGUACUAAUGUCAACGAGCUGAGGAGGUCUUGCUUGCAGGUAGUGCUAACAAUCAUGGCUACGUUCACCCUAACCUGGCUGCCUCUGGUGCUAGCCAUCAGCCUCGCUUCGCCCGCCCUCUACCGCAGCACCCUCUGUCUCGCCUGCGCAGGUUCGUCACUCAACCCGUAUGUCUACGCCUGGAACAACGCCCAGUUUCGGCACACCUUCGGCCACAUGCUACGGUGUCGCACCGCCAGCCAAUCGCUGCACCACGAACGGUCAUCCGUCGCGGUGUCACUCUGUGGUGACCGCAAGUCAUCCAUCAUUGAAUCAACCAAAAUGGUGUCAUCCAACCGGAAAUCGUCACUUCUUGAAUCCAAAGUUUCACUCUACAGUAAUCGAAAAUCAUCAGUUGAUUUACCAAACAUAGCGUCACUGAACAUUGAACGUAAAUUAUCUCGUGUUGAGUCCAAAAUGUCGAUCUAUAGUAAUCGAAAAUCAUCCGUUGAUUCACCAAACAUAGCGUCGUUGAACAAUGAAAGUGAAUUAUCUCGUGUCGAGUCAAAUAUGUCGAUCUACAUUAAUCGAAAAUCAUUCGUUGAAUCACAAAACAUUGCGUUGUUGAAAACUGAACGUGAAUUAUGUCAUAUCGACUCCAAUAUGUCGAUCUACAGUAAUCGAAAAUCAUCAGUUGAUUCACCAAGCAUUCCGUCGUUAAACAAUGAACAUAAAUUGUCUAGUGUCGAGUCCAAAAUGUCGAUUUACAGUAAUCGAAAAUCAUCAGUUGAUUCACCAAGCAUUCCGUCUUUAAACAAUGGUCGUGAAUCAUCGCUUCUUGAAUCCAAAGUGCCACUCUACCAUUGUAAUCAAGAAUCAUCCGUGGUUGAAUCACAAAACAUUGCGUUGUUGAACAAUGAACGUAAAUUAUCUAGUGUCGAGUCCAAUAUGUCGAUCUACAGAAAUCGAAAAUCAUCCAUCGUAUAGUGAGGUCAACGUUAUAAUGGCAGUGGAGAAAGAUAGGAGUACAGCGUUGCUAUGGUAAGUUCCACGUUAUAAUAGCAG